AUGUCGAACCUUCCCGUCGAGCCCGAGUUCGAGCAGGCCUACAAGGAGCUCGCCCUGUGCCUCGAGAACAGCACCCUGUUCGAGAAGUACCCCCAGUAUCGCACCGCUCUCAAGGUCGUCUCGGUCCCUGAGCGUGUCAUCCAGUUCCGUGUUGUCUGGGAGGACGACAACGGCAAUGUCCAGGUCAACCGCGGCUACCGCGUGCAGUUCAACUCGGCCCUUGGCCCUUACAAGGGUGGUCUGCGUCUGCACCCCUCUGUCAACCUCUCGAUUUUGAAGUUCCUCGGUUUCGAGCAGAUCUUCAAGAACGCCCUCACCGGCCUCAUGAUGGGCGGUGGCAAGGGUGGUUCCGACUUCGAUCCCAAGGGUAAGAGCGACAACGAAAUCCGUCGCUUCUGCGUUGCCUUCAUGCGCGAACUCUCCCGCCACAUCGGUGCCGACACUGAUGUCCCCGCCGGCGACAUCGGCGUUGGCGGCCGGGAAAUCGGCUACCUCUUUGGCGCCUACCGCCACUACCGCAACCGGUUCGAGGGUGUCCUCACCGGUAAGGGUCUUGACUGGGGUGGUUCCCUGAUUCGCCCCGAGGCCACCGGCUAUGGUCUCGUUUACUACGUCACCCACAUGCUCGAGUACGCCGGCGCUGGCGGAUGGGAGGGCAAGCGCGUCGCCAUCUCCGGCUCGGGCAACGUCGCCCAGUACGCCGCUCUCAAGGCCAUUGAGCUCGGUGCCACCGUCGUCUCUCUCUCCGACUCUAAGGGUGCCCUGAUUGCCGUCGACGACAAGGGCGUCACCGUCGAGGAUAUUGAGGCCAUCAUGAAGCUCAAGGAGAGGCGCAGGCCGCUCUCUGAGUACGAGUACAAGGACAACCUCCGGUACAUUGAGGGCGUUCGCCCGUGGGUCCACGUCGGCCAGGUCGACAUUGCUCUGCCUUGCGCCACCCAAAACGAGGUCAGCAAGGAGGAGGCCGAGGCUCUUGUUGCCAACGGCUGCAAGUUCAUCGCCGAGGGCUCCAACAUGGGCUGCACUCUCGAGGCCAUUGAGGUCUUCGAGAACGAGCGCCGCGAGAAGAAGGGCAAUGCCAUCUGGUACGCGCCUGGCAAGGCUGCCAACUGCGGUGGUGUCGCUGUCUCGGGUCUCGAGAUGGCCCAGAACAGCCAGCGCCUGGCCUGGACCAAGGAGGAGGUCGAUGAGAAGCUGAAGAACAUCAUGAAGAACGCCUUCGAGCUCGGCCUCAAGACCGCCCAAGAGUACGUUGAGGCUAGCGAGGGCGAGCUGCCCAGCCUGGUCGCUGGCAGCAACAUUGCUGGGUUCCUCAAGGUUGCCCAGGCCAUGCACGAGCACGGCGACUGGUGGUGA